AUGUUCAUCUUCAUUUUAUUGUGCUUUUUCGUGACUGUUGAUUCAUAUAAAAUACUGGUAUUCUCUCCAACAAUCAGUCGAUCUCAUAUGAUCUCAAAUGGACGAAUAGCUGAUGAAUUGGCCAUGGCCGGCCACGAUGUAGUUCUACUUGAGCCCGACUUCUUGAAUAUUUCUCAUACAGUGAAUAGCGCAAAAGUGGCGCGUAGAGUACCUGUGUCCGGCUUUCCAUCCAUAUUGUACGAUGUCAUACAAGAGUUUUCUGGAGCAGCAUUUAAUGAGAUUUCUGUGCUUCGAGAGCACCAAGAGAUCCUGAAGUAUAGCAGAGCGUACAUUAAGCUAUGCGAUGAUCUUUUGAGUCGGAAAGAAGUAAUGGAAUACCUACGAGGAGAAAAAUUCGACGCGUACUUUGGUGAACAGAUUAACCUGUGCGGAAAUGGACUGGCUUAUGUGUUGGGGAUCAAAUCUCAUUUUUGGGUGUCCAGCUGCCCAAUCAGCGAUUAUAUGGCUUGGAUAUUGGGGAUGACUCAACCCUCGUCCUACAUCCCUUCGUUGAUUGGCAUGGACAUCACGCACAGACCAACUUAUUUUGAAAGGAUACAGAACGUCUGGGCCACAGCCGUGUUUAUUUAUUACACGCACAAAACUGCUCGUGAAACUACCGAAAUGUUCCGACGAAGAUACGGGUAA